ACCUGUACUCAAUUUGGUAUCGACCGCCUACCAAACAUGUCUCUGCCGCCCCUAUAUAACUGCAGCAUCAGUCCGACUUAUUCAGUCGCCACCGAACAUUCAGAACGAUACGAAACCUUCUUCCAGUUGGAAGAGAUCUUUUCGGUCCGAAGCAUAUUUUCUUCUCUAUAUUUGCUAGUCCCAGGGUAAGGAAGGCGUUGGAGAAGAACGGCCAAAUCCUUGGUCUUCCAACAGUUCUAUCACCACAUCAUGCAUAAGAUGGGUGGUGGUGCGAAGGACGCCAUGCACGCUCUGCUGUUACUGGUACUAUUGGCGUCAGUGUCAGAGGGCAGCCAUUUCCGUGGAGGCACAAUAUCAUGUGGUCCAGACCCUACGAGCAACGGGGGAUUUGACAACAGCGGUAAUGCCAAGAUACAGUGCAGCUAUCGAGUUGCUUGGCGACUGAAUUACCAUUCUGGAACAGAGUGCAACGAAACCCAACGCAAUAAUGCAGUUCUUCUGAAUGGGGAGGGAACUGACCUUGUCUGUCAUGCGGGUUGCAGUGGAAGCAUUGCAAAACUUUCCUAUGUGUGCACAGAGUUUAGUCCACCACAGGAAGAGAACUGGUCGCAAGGUGGGAGAACUGUGCAGUACACAUUUCCUGGAGCACCUUCACGGUUCAGCGCAAGGCUUGCUACCUGCUGCUGGAUCGCAACUCUUGCAAGGUAUGCUCGCGCAUCCUUGAAUUUUGUUCUGCCAAUAUCAAUGGAUCUUGGAAGACGAUCGGACACGGGAAUGAUAAAUCACAGUCCAUCGUCCAAUCAGCCGGCAAUCAGGAGACUGCAGCACGGUUGUGCUCAGAAUCUGUCCAUUCACACUGCGGACGCGGACGGCGAUAUUGUGCGAUGUAGAUGGGGCACGACUAGCAACAGGUAUGGUGAAGACGAGUGCGGAGAUAUCUGCUCACCGCCGGAGGGUAUAACACUAACAUCAGAGCCAUGCACACUAUAUGUCCCACCAACACUGGAGGCAGGUAAACUACAUGCAGUCUCCAUUGUUUUCGAAGACUUUGCCGGAAACGAUCCGAACGGCGCCCCGAUGAGUCAGGUUUCGCUCCAGUUCUUGCUGGACGUGCAGAGUUCAACGCAAGCCUGCUCCUCGCGCCCCGUGCUAGUGGCACCCAGCCCCGAAGACAAAACCUGCAUUCCCAUAGCUCCGAACACCGAGUAUCGGGUCAAGCUCAGGGCCAGACAGACCUUGUCGAGUAACAUUAUUUCCGGCUUCAGCAUUACUCAACCUGUUGGCAUGCAGAGAAGCAGUAUUUCUAACAUCCAAAGCAAUGGUGUGUACUACGGAGAAGUGGAGCUCAACUGGACGCCUAGAGUGGAGCAGUACGGUCCACACGUGUUCUGCUUCCUGGCUACUGACAACACAGGGCAAACAUCAGAGCAGCAAUGUGUAACACUUAUGGCUGGAGCUUCUAUGCCAGAGAUUGUUCCUGGCACUACACAGCCCAGCAUUGCUACAUCAGCCACAGUUCCUCACUACUACGCAUCAUUCUCGGUCGACUUCAAUCAGCAGGUGUUCAAGUCAAAUCGCCAGGCCAAGAUCCGCAUCUUAGAGGUCAAUGGCUCCCGGACAACUGAGGUGUUCUCUCUUGUUGCCUCAUCGUCGAAGGAGGUAAAGGUCGAACAACAUCCGACACAUGACAGCCACUACCGAUUGACAUUCGCCAUUCCAGAGAGGCUGAAGGUUGGUCAGAGGUAUGCCAUCACCCUGGAUUCAGGAGUGGUCGUAGGCACACAGAGCUGUAUUGGCGGUGGUGUUCCAUCCGAAGGUCUCACUGACACUUCUGUGUGGCAGUUUGUCACUGACCAUACUACUGGUGAUAUAUCUAGCAGAAACGUGUCCCUGAUGCUACCUUACGGCAAGUCCGAGAAUGACAAUCAGCUUCAAUUGGGUGAUGGUCUGUCUUGUCACAGCCAGCCCCUGGCAACCGCUUCCAAUGGAUAUCCACUGUGGGGCAACCAGCACUCAGACGUGACAAUCUGUGAGAAUGGAGUGAUCAUGCUGGAUCAAGACCAACCCAUCCGCCAUCCCCAGGUGUUCCCCGGAAAUUGGGCCACUCAGCCGACAAUGCUGACACCCUACUGGUGUUUGGCCGACAAUAACCACUCCAAAACGCUCCAGGACGGCCUGAGAUCGCAUGUCUGGUAUCACUUCUACGAGCGGCAAGUCACCUCAGACAAAGAUAUGCUGGAGGACAUCGAGAGCCUGAUCAUGGCCAAAGAGCGCCAAGCCGACCCAUCAUUCCAAUUCACUGCAACGUGGGGUGCAGUGGUGACUUGGGAGAGGAUCACGCCUUAUCCUAGCCUGUACCAAUACCAGCUGCAUAACACAUUCCAAGGUGUCUUAGCGUCGGAUGGACUCCGCUCAUACGCUUUAUACAUCUAUGACCCGAGCUCUAUUCAGUGGUCUGUUCCUACUACACUUGAUCCAUAUGCAACGUUUGGACAUGCAGUGUCUGGAUAUUCGACACCAACACGGAAUCAUGCUGACAGCCGAUCUGGGACAUUCAGAAUUGCUGACAUUGAUAACAGAGCGGUGAAAGCUUCUGAUCCCAGUCUUCUGCAGACAGGUGGGGUGGGGGCUAUUUAUGUGCACAAACUGUACGAUGCCAACACUUUCUCUGGACCCAGGCAGCGUUGUCUGACGUGGCAUGCCUCUCAGCCAGAGCCCACAACCUGGCUUCAACAUCUAGACCCAUGCCCGUGUACCGUGAAGCAGGCCAGAGCUGACUCGAGGUUUGAACUUAUUCGAAAUCUCCUUCCAAGAAUGUGUUUCCAGAAUAGCGUUCCUUCGAUCAACGGAUCCUCUCAGGAGUGCUGUUACCGAACCCAGCAGCCUGGUCAAGGAGCAUUUAUUGAAGGCGCACCCGAUGGCGGUAACUCGGUACGCUUCUCCUGGCUGAGCUAUGAGCCGACUACAGUCAGCUCCCAGGAGACAUUGCCGUAUCAAUGGUGCUGCAAGGACGAGGCACUUUGUCAUCUGUUUAGGGAGAAACGACCAAGCCAGUCCUGUGAUAACUACGAACCACUGAAUUUUGGAUUUGCUGCCUUGCCGCUGGCUCAGGCCGUAAACAGUGGACAGUUCAUUGUGGACGCACCGGGCACAUUCCUUCUGCUGCAGUCGGCGUCCGAUGGUCUUCGCGUCGAGGCUUUGUCUACUCAGCCGAGGCCCGGUGUAGUUGCCGGCAUUACGAGCGUGGGGUUGACGGCUGAGGACGCGGAUACUGUACUGGUGGACGUGUCGCCCGAUGGAGCCUUGGUGUUCAGCGUGAAUGGCAUGCCGCUCACGAAUAAAGUCAUCCGAGUCUACUCCGAUGAGGACGAGAACAUCACAGUGGAGUGCUUGCAGUGGGGCCGAAACUGUCACCAUCUCAACCAUGCCCUAGUCUAUAACACUACGUAUCCACCCAUCGGCAUCAGCAACCACGAGGGCCUCACCGCAGUCAUCACCAAUCGUACUCACGGUAAAGUUGUGUUUGACAACGGGAUUACAUGGGACUUUUCCCUGAUUCAACCUUGGAACACCAUCACAGCGUCUGUAGGUGUGCCCCAAAUGUCUUUGACCUCCAUCGAGGGCCUCCUUUCCAGCAGCACGUUGCCUCCAACGAAGAAGGCAGUAUUGGUUAACGCCACAAGUUCUGCAGCGCACAUCAACCAAUGGCGCCUUGAGUGCUCCGAGAUACAGCUGGUGACAGACCCCAGGUGCUCGGCUGGGAAUACAUCCUCAGGAUCACCCGUUAUUCCAACCGCUCAACCAGUGACACUUCCUCCCGAGGAGGAUGACUUCUGGACAAUGGUAAAUAAAACAUGUGGCAACGAUACACUGUGCCGGGAACUGGCCAACGUGACGGGAGAUAUAGAGCUGACGAAAAACAUCACCAAAAAGGCGCGAGAUGAGAAGGACAAAGAUGACGACUCGAAAAAGGGACGUUUUCCUGUCCGGACAGCCAAUCCAGCGCUAAGGUGCCUUCAGGGCAUAUGCAACAUUGACCUGGCUGUUCUCUCGGGAAUACGCCGUGGUACGAAGUUCACAUCAGUGCUGGUCGACCGCCACAACUCCUCCUUUCAAGUCAUCUAUGAAGACAAAGGCAAGAACAGAUAUCGAUUAGCACUGAAGCGCAACGUCCCGGCUACCAAUAUUCAAUUCGUCGCCAUUGGCAACGACGGCCGUGUUGUCCUAAUCCGUCCGGUCGCUUUCGUCUGCGACUGUGAUAACGGCAUGUGCACGGAUGACUUUCUCUCCCCACUGAGUUCGCCACGCACACGCAUCUACGGUUGUGAGUGUCCACAAGCGUAUGACGGCACGUAUUGCGAGCUAGACCGCGACGGGUGUAAGGCGGCGUUUCAGCCCUGCGCCAGUGGUGUGAUGUGUAUGGAUGAACCUGCUCCGAAUACUGGAUUUCAGUGUGGUCCAUGUCCGACUGGAUUCUCCGGAGAUGGGCAAACUUGUUUCGACCUGGACGAGUGUAAAGACAUCAGUCCAUCUCCAUGUGCACAGGAAUGUGUCAAUACACAGGGUAGCUACCAGUGUGCGUGCAACAGCGGAUUUCAGCUGGCUGCUGAUGAUGUAGAGUGUGAUGAUAUUGAUGAGUGCAGUCUGGGAAUACACGGCUGUAAUCACCUGUGCACUAAUUCUGUGGGAUCGUACGAGUGCGAAUGCUACGAUGACUACGUUCUCAACGGCACAACACAGUGUAUACCAAUCCUCAGCUCACCACAGUGCAGCAGCUGCGAACAAGGAUGCCGGAUUGAUUCCUUUUCUGGAGCAACGUGCUUUUGCCUCGACGGCUACGAUUCAGAUUUCUUUAGCUUCGGCUCCUGCAGUGAUAUUGACGAGUGUAGCGCGUCCCCGAGCCCUUGUUUAGGCGGCCAUGGCACGUGUAACAACACGGAGGGCUCAUUCAACUGUGUGUGUGACGAUGGCUAUAGCCUUGCUCUGGACCGAGUGACAUGCCAAGACGUAGACGAAUGUAUUGGCAGGGAUCCUGUGUGUUCUGGAGACAUGCUGUGUACGAAUACGCAGGGAUCAUAUCAGUGUUCGUGUCAGACCGGGCAUCGCUUCAAUCAGACAUUGAAUUCUUGCCAAGCUAUAUCGUGUGGACGUCCACCUGUCCCCGCACAUGGUCUUCUCAACAGUGGCGGCUUUACUUUUGGCGACACCGUCGUCUAUUUCUGUGAUAUCGGCUACUCGCUGAGGGGAGCUCAGACAACCGAGUGUCUCGCAAGCGGCCAGUGGUCCCAGGCCGUGCCACCGAGGUGCGAAAUCGUCCACUGUCCUUCACUAGUCCUGUCACCCAGGUCGCAGUCCUCGUCGACGAACACGACAUUCUCCAGCGUGUGGACGUUCAACUGCUCGGACGGGUACACUUUGAGCGGAGCGGAAACCCUGACGUGUCUACCAAACGGACGGUGGGACAAUUCUCCACCAGUCUGUGAUAAAAGUUGUAUCGUAAGUGAUUGGACUGCAUGGUCGGCUUGCAGUGUCACAUGCCUAACGGGACAACGAACUCGUACCCGUCAAAUCAUACAGCCAUUCGGCGGCUUUGGUACACAAUGCCCCGACCUUCAAGAGAUAGAAGUGUGCCGACCGCGUGACGAUUGUGGAUGUGGUACCUCACCAAUUGGUAGCAAGAAAGCGGAAAUCAAGACCCCUGCUGGCACGCCGGCUGCUGAUGUUCUUGUCAUUGUGGAUGAGUCGGACUCCAUGGAUAACCAUCACCAGUGGCUUGCGGACACGAUUCCUCAGCUAGAUAUCUCUCUCCAGGAUGCCGGUGUCGGUACUGAUCCAGCACUGCCCAAUCACUACGCCUUGGUCGGCUAUGGCCGUCAUCGACUGCCCACGGGGAAUUCAAUGCGUAUUCUACCCAGUGCCUUCGCAGAUUCGACUGGCAGCAAGGUGUUCACAGUCAAGUCCUUUCUGGAUAUGGUCAAGCGGCUUUCCUCCGGAGAGAACAUCGAGGAUGGCUACUUGGCAAUCCAGUACGCGCUAGAGAACCUCACUGACAGCAAUGGAGACAACAUGCUGCGACUGGACCACCCUAACGUUGCUACCAGUAUUAUUCUCGUCACCAAUGAAGAUCGCGAUGUGUACGCCAGCAAUCUCACAAGACAUCUGGUGAAGCACUUGAUCCGCAAAUCGGACGCCAAGCUCAACGUCAUCGUUGACCAACGUCUGCGUGCACAGGGACAGAACCGCAAUGCCAUGGGCGUGGAUGCCAAGAAGAUGGCGUACUUUGACGAGCCGUUCGGCGCCUAUCUUAGUACAAACAAAGGCUUCGCCGGCAGCGAAUUCUACCGUAACACCAAACAUGACUACACCACGCUCGCGCUGGAAGUCGGCGGUGCUGCAUGGGAUAUCAAUGUCCUGAGAAGAGGUGGAUCCGCGACAGCCGCUUUCAGUCGCGCCUUUGUCAGCGUCCAGGCCGGCGAGAUCACAGACCAGGUACAGAUCUGCGAACGCUGCAGCUGUGUGGACGAGGGUCGCACCGCGCGCUGGUCGUGCAACAUGGCCAUGAACCAGGAUCUAUGCAAGAAGGAUGUGAGCAGGGCCGCUACUGCCAUGUGUGGCUAAGACCGAUGAGUCACGGUGCAUAGUGGUGUAUGUAUAUGCUGCAUAGCCGGUGGGUACGUGGUACUCGGAUAUGCGUAGCCGGUGAGUACACGGAUGUGCAUAGCCGGUGGGUACACGGAUGUGCAUAGCCGGUGAGUACACGGAUGUGCAUAGCCGGUGGGUACACGGAUGUGCAUAGCCGGUGGGUACACGGAUGCGAACUUUAUUUUACUUCAUUUUAUAUGCUGGCAUCAUUUCACGUAAUUUUCUCCUUCAUUACCGGCUGCUUCGCAAAUCUAUUGCUAUGAUCUAGCGGAAUUCUUGUAUGACACAUGUAUAUGCUUGCAUUUUACCUCUUGAAAAUCUUAGUAGUAUUUUUCUAUUUGUAGCGAAUUGAAAAUUUCCAUAUUAUGGAUUAUCUUCUUGAACCAGAGAGUCCGUUCACGCAGGGCACUAUUUCUUUCUUCUACACUUCAUGCGUUUUCCCCAGUACUCCAACGAUGCUGCAUGCACAACACGCGUGCCUCUGCAGCAUCUACCCUUGGCUGUGCGGCAUGCGGGAUAUUUAUGCUUCUUAGAAUGAUUUCUAAAAUGUGCGCAAGCUCCACUGCAGUCACUUCAUCACAUGAAAAACCACAUUAUUAUUAUUAUUAUGAUGCCUACAUUUACUCGUAUACAUUAUCACCGCUCUGAUUUGGUCUCUGUUCUUAUCCCUGUGUGCAUUGACCUGGCCAAACCAUCAUCAAUGAGAUAUUUUUCUACAGAUGCCGGGCCUGCAAUCUCUCCCUUUCUAUCCUUUACUCACAUUUCCUCCACACUACAGUACUUGGGCACUAGAGCAUGGUGAUGAUAUGCAUGUAUACCAUGAAUUACCCGUGUACGGUAUUUUACACAACUUUGAUAUAUCUGCCUAGAGUUUCUUUGGAUUAGGCUAUUUCAAAUUUUCAUUUUCAUUUCAUUGCCGGGUUUCAUCCCUUGUAUCUUUGGCGUUCUUCCUUCUUUCCGUGUCGUAUUGUUUGACCCGUAUACGGUCUGAAAUAUUUCCAUUGAUUCUGA